UUAAGCACGCACAAAUCAGCACUAAAAACAGAGCUGCUUAAUUACAGCUCUCUGUGUGUGUCAGAGAGAAGCUGUGUGGGUGUGUGAGAGGGAGGGAGAGAUGGGCGGUGCCGUGAAGGUGUACGGGGUGGCGGCGUCUCCGUUCGUCGCGACGGUGCUGCUUUGCCUGGAGGAGGUCGGCGCCGACUACGAGCUCCUCCCCCUCGACAUGGCUGCGCGGGAACAGAGGACCGAGCCACACCUCUCUCGGAACUCUUCGUAUGGUUCAAUCUCGCAGCCAUUCGGCAAGAUCCCAGCGUUGGAGGACGGGGAGUUGACUCUCUUCGAAUCGCGCGCGAUUUCUCGGUACGUGCUCCGCAAGUACGGAGGCACCAGCGCCACCGAUCUUCUAAGGGCAUCCAGCCUAGAAGAAUCAGCCAUGGUGGACGUGUGGAUGGAGGUGGAGGCCCACCAGUACCAGCCGGCCAUCGCCAACGUCGUCCGGCAGUGCGUCAUCCUGCCGUUCAUCGGCGGCGCGCGAGACCAGGCCGUCGUCGAGGAGUACGUCGGGAAGCUCGAGAAGGUCCUCGACGUGUACGAGGCGCGGCUGUCGAGCUCGCCGUACCUCGCCGGGGACUUCUUCAGCCUCGCCGACCUCGUCCACUUCGGCUUCACCUACUGCCUGGUGGCCGGCACCGAGUACGCGACGCUGCUGGAGUCGCGCGCGAGCGUCAUGGCGUGGUGGGGGCGCAUCAUGGCCAGGCCCUCGGUGAAGAAAGUGGCCCCGCUCAUCCACCUCGGAUUGAAGCUAUCCUCGUCUGCUUAAAUUGAAUGUCGCAAAUUCAGUUUAUAUAUGCAUUUCAGUUGGGUUUUACUACUAUGAUUUUUGAUGUCUAGAGACAUGUUGAGAAAUAAAUGUUUGUUCGUAAGUAGUACUUCCUACGUAAAAAAAUAUAUAUAAGCGUAUGGAUCACUUAGUGAUCUAAACGCUCGUAUAUUUCUUUGUGGAAGGAGUACUACAUAUAAAUAAGACUAGAAGGAAAAAUGAGAUGCACUAAACUCAUCAUCGAAUCUGAUGGUAUGAUGGCGCUGGAGGCUACCUAUCAUCCAAUGCUUAUAUUCGGACUGAUGUUUCACUCAUUACAAGUCAUGGAGUUUGUUUUCAAAAGAAAAAAGUCAUGGAGUUUGCUAGCA